AUACCAACAACGAAGUCUGAAAGAACCUUUGGAGACCGAAUUGCCCUAUCCAGUACUGGACACCCUGCCUUUGUCUUGGAUACUAUUUCUAGACCGAAAAUCAUACAGCCUGAAAAAAUUGAGCCAUGUGUCUGGACGGAAUAA